CCGCCCAACGCUCCAUCUUCCCCCGCCCAACGCUCCAUCUUCCCCACGUUCAUCCACUUGACCACCAGCAACAUUUGGUUUCCAGAGACAUCAUUAAUGUCUUCCGGAGAGAACUCAACUUCUAUAUUCCAAAAUACGGUUGAGGGUAUUUGGGAGAGUAAUGUUUCAGCAUUCCUGUUUGUCGGAGUGGCUGUCCUCAUAUUAUACGAGUAUGCCCUCACCCUGUCAGCAGAAGUGGCAUCCGUAUGGAAUGGCAGAAAAUCUCUAGUUACUGUGCUCUUCCUCUUCAAUCGGUAUGCUUUGCUGGCGGUCGGUGUCUUGUAUCUGUUGAACGGGCCGAUCUACUGGAGCACUCCGCUCGUGAGUACUCGACAUUUUCAUUGCCGUUGGAUUAAAUCACUAUUGGCACUUCAAUUUGACUUUGUAGAGGUGUGUGCAUGCCCUUUUUCAAGGCAAUAGCUCGCGGCUAGGCUUAUACGCUCACUCAAAUCCGCAGUUGUGAGACAGCGUAUAUGUUGCUGUUUACCAUUUCAAUUGCUAUCAUCGCUGUCAGCUCUGGAUUUUCCGCUCUACGCGUGUAUGCUGUUAGCGGCCACAGACUGGCACCUGCCCUAAUUACUCUCACCUUGGGAAU